GUUGGGGGAGGGGACUCUGGUCGGAUGGUCUUUCAUGUGUCGUGGCAGGAGAAAAAGAGGAUUGGGCACUACGGCAUCGAUGAACGGCUGAGAUACGGCGGGCAGCAUGUCGGGACGAUGAUUUAUCCACAAAUCAGCAACCCGACCACCACGGCGGCGACGGGCCACCUCGAGUCGCCAGUGAUCUAAAGCCGCGAGCCGUGGGGGGCAUGGUCAUAACAGCAAGGAACCCACACCACGACGACCAAAAGACGUCUAGACGACGAGGACCUCACCCAGCACUCGAUCCCCGCAACUGUACAUACACACAUCUACAACUUCACUCUUCACAUUGGUGGCAGCCUGGCGUUCAAUUUUUAUUCUGGUUAGGAAUCAUUUCGGCAGGGCGUGCCGGUAUUAUUGUUUUUUUUUUUUUUUUU